AUGGAGGACUCUAAUAAUGAAGCCAGCGAUGACUUCAACAACUUAUUAAACAAAGAAAUUGAGUCUGCAAAGGAAGUGAAGUUAAGAAAAUUCGCGAACAGGAAUAAUAAUAGGAACGAAAACAGUUCCAAAGUCAAAGAUGCGAGUGGAUUCAGACUGAGAGUUAUUCAAACCGAUGGGCACAAAACUAAAAAGACAGACCCUGAUUAUGAAGUGACAAUUGAUGGACCCUUAAGGAAGAUUGAGCCUUAUUUUUUCACUUAUAAAACUUUCUGUAAGGAGAGGUGGAGAGAUCGUAAGUUGGUGGAUGUAUUCGUGAGCGAAUUCAGGGAUCGAGAGCCCAGCUAUUAUUCCAAAACCAUUGCAGAGGGAAAAGUAUACUUAAACGAUGAACCUGCAAACCUUGAUACCAUCAUUCGUGACGGUGAUCUGAUCACACAUAAAGUACAUCGACAUGAACCGCCAGUCACAUCUAAACCAAUAGAUAUUGUGUUUGAAGACGAAGAUAUCCUUGUCAUUGAUAAACCCAGCAGUAUUCCAGUGCACCCAACGGGCAGAUACAGAUUCAAUACCAUUACAAAAAUGCUAGAAAGACAGCUAGGUUAUUCAGUACAUCCAUGUAAUAGACUAGACAAGCCAACUAGUGGACUAAUGUUUUUAGCCAAGACUCCAUUAGGUGCAGAUAGAAUGGGAGACCAAAUGAAAGCGAGGGAAGUCACCAAAGAAUACGUAGCCCGCGUGAAGGGCGAGUUCCCUAUAGGUAUAGUAGAGGUAGAUAAGCCUGUCAGAUCUGUUAACCCUAAAGUUGCACUAAACGCUGUUUGCGAGAUGAGCGAUGAAAACGCUAAACAUGCCAAGACCGUUUUCCAAAGGGUUAGCUAUGAUGGACAGACGAGUAUUGUAAAGUGUAAACCAUUGACAGGUAGAACUCACCAAAUAAGAGUCCAUUUGCAGUACUUGGGAUUUCCCAUAGCAAAUGACCCUAUAUACUCGAACCCAGAUAUCUGGGGUCCAGAUUUGGGCCGCGGUGGACUUCAAAACUAUGAUGACAUCGUUCUGAAACUAGACGCUAUUGGCAAGACUAAUCCUGCAGAGAGCUGGAUUCAUCCUCAUAGCGAGGGUGAAUACUUGCUUGGCCGUCAGUGCGAAGAAUGCGAGGCUGAAAUGUACACAGAUCCCGGUACUAAUGAUCUCGACCUCUGGCUGCAUGCCUUCCGGUACGAGUCAUUGGAAAGAAAUUCGGAUACGCAAAAACCUCUCUGGAGUUAUAGAACAAAAUACCCUGAAUGGGCCUUAGAGCCACAUCGCCGAUAUAUGGAAAUGGCCGUUAAGGAAGCUGGUAAGUGUGGCCCGACAAAGACUGCUUUUAGUGUUGGUGCCGUUCUUGUUCAUGGAACUCAAGUACUUGCCACAGGAUAUUCAAGAGAGCUACCAGGAAACACUCAUGCAGAACAGUGUGCUUUGAUAAAGUACUCGCAGUUACACCCGAACUGUCCCACUAUAGUCCCUAUGGGAACAGUGCUCUAUACAACCAUGGAACCCUGUUCCUUCAGGCUAAGUGGCAAUGAGCCUUGCUGCGAUAGAAUCCUGGCCACCCAAGGUGCCAUUGGUACUGUCUUCGUGGGGGUUAUGGAGCCCGAUACAUUUGUUAAAAACAAUACAAGUUUGAACAAGCUGGAAUCGCACGGUGUGAACUACAUACAAAUACCAGGCUACGAGGAGGAGUGCACCAUCAUUGCCUUCAAAGGCCACGAUAAUAGUGACGACAAAGCUUAG